GUUCGGUGCGCGGUUCAUUCCCUCCAACUUGCGAUUGCGGAUGUUUUUGAUAAAGCUGAUCCGAAUCUUAAAUGCAUCACGGAAGUAGUACGUCAUCUACGUCAAAUUAAAUAUAAAUCAUUCGUCGAGGUUCAACAACUUGCCCUCCCUCCGCUCUGGUCACCAACACGUUGGGGCGGUAAAUACAAAAUGUUGUCUAGCAUUUUAAAGCAAGAAGCGAAAUUUGUUGAACUGGGAACUCAGUAUUCUGAAAUGUGUUUGGGCAAGGAUGAUUGGAGAUUUAUCAGAGAUUACGUUGAUGCUACCAGGCCGUUAUAUCACUGUACAAAGGUUAUGCAGGCCGAUCAUUAUCCCUUGUCACAAUUCUACAUCGACUGGUUGGUUGCCAUUCAGGAGGUCAGUAUGCUGAAAGGCAAUCCUUUCUCUAAUGCCCUUGUAUCAACAUGCACAAAUCGAUUGGAACGUCUUUGCAACAACAUGGCAUUUAAGGCAUCUUUAUAUUUGGAUCCGAGGUUGAACUUCCUUGAUUCUACAGUUUUUGAGUCUACUAAUGAGAAAGCAGAAAUUCAGAAUUUUAUUGCAGAUACUUGGAAACGAAUUCGCUCUCUAAGCCCAGUGGUGUCUUCUGAUGAAAAGGAACACAUGAAUGCAUUCGACUUUAACGACAAAGUCGAUGAUAUAUUGACCAAAAUGUUUGGUGGGACAUUCAAUACAAGCUCUGACAAUUCUUCAACUUUUUAUAAUCAAAUAAGAGCUUUGGAUACACAGGAUCGUCAGCCCCAUACUUUCAAUGUGUGGAAACACUAG